CGUGACACACAUACAGGAAGUGACAACCGGCCUAGCCCAAGUAGUAGCAUGGGAAGAUAAGUUGUGCAUGAAUCCAGCCAGUGGUGAUAACAGUAUAUCUCAUGUGUCAAGUAUCUCUGAUAUGCCAUUCCACAGAAUGGAUCAAAACAAAACAGAACUUGGAGUCAUGCCUGAGAAAUAAUCUCCAGGAUGUGGAAAGAAGAAAAUUAGAUGCAUUUGAGACUUACCAGUAGCGUGGAAGAUAUGGGUCCAAGGAGGAAGGCCUCUAAACUCCAAAUUUUUGGAGGUACUGAUGGAGGGGAUGUUGGACAGAGGCCUAUUGACCCUAAAGACUGCAUCAACGAACUGUCCCAUGAAGUUCUCUGUCAUAUAUUCAGGUAUCUUCCUAUGAAGGACAUCAUAUGUAUGGAGUGUCUUUCCAGAAAGCUCAGAGAAGCUGUAACUCUUUACCUGCGAGUGAUCAAAGUGGUGGAUCUUUGUGCUGGUCGUUGGUGGGAAUACAUGCCUUCAGGUUUUACAGAUAGCAGCUUUUUGUUACUUUUGAAGAAGAUGCCUGACCUAGAGCAACUAUAUGGCCUCCACCCCCGACAUCUUGAAAGGAGACGAGUCCGAGGCUAUGAAGCUUUCAGUAUACCUGGUGUCCUGGAGGCAUUACAAGCCUGUCCAAGUCUUCUGGGAGUUGAGACAUCCCACCUCGAGCUGGUAGAAGCAGUUUGGAACUAUAUGCCCCAGGUUCAUAUACUUGGAAAGUUCCGAAACCGUAAUGGGGCUUUCCCAAUUCCUGCUGAGAACAAACUAACCAUUCCCAUCACUGCAAAAAUCCAGACGCUACACCUUGUGGGUGUAAAUGUCCCAGAGAUCCCUUGUGUGUCUAUGCUGCGCCACCUUUACCUAAAGUGGGUCCGUCUCACCAAACCUCAGCCAUUUAAAGAUUUCCUCUGUGUGAGCUUGAGAUCCUUUGUCAUGCGGAACUGUGCAGGUCCAACCAACUCCCUCAAAUAUGUACCCCUGGUUACUGGUCUAGCUUCAGCACGAAAUCUAGAGCAGCUCGAGCUAGUGAGAGUUCCCUUUCUUGGAGGACUCAUUCAACAUGUGGUGGAGGACAGCUGGAGAUCAGGAGGAUUUCGGAACCUGCAUACCAUUGUGUUUGGAGCCUGUAAAAAUGCCUUGGAAGUGGACUUGGGUUACCUUGUCAUCACUGCUGCUCGCAGGCUUCAUGAGCUCCGCAUUCAGCCGUCACUGACCAAAGAUGGAGUCUUCUCAGCUCUCAAGAUGGCUGAACUAGAGUUUCCUCAGUUUGACACCCUUCAUCUUGGAUAUGUGGAUGAGUUUCUGCUACAAUGUAAGAUGACUCAUUCGGAGCUGGUGAAGUAUGGUCUUGCUGAUGUGGUGGAGAACCCAGGAAUUAUCACUGAUAUUGGGAUCAAAGUGGUGAAUGAGGUGUUUUCUAAUGUAAAAUACCUGCUCAUCUACAACUGUCCUCACCUUCAUAACCCCCUCCAUUGGAUUACAGAUCAGUCCAGAUGGAGCCGACUGGUUGAUCUGACACUGGUUCGCUGUCACGCCAUCAAAUUGGAGUCAUUUGCCCAGUUUAUAGAAGCACUUCCCAGUUUAGAGUUCAUAUGUCUGGACCAGAUGUUUCGAGAACCACCCAAGGGCUGUGCCAGAGUGGGCCUGAGUGCAGGAACUGGUAUUGGUGUGUCCUCUGCACUGGUCAGCAACCAGAACGCCAACAAUGACAACAACAACAACAACAACCACCACCACAAUAAUGAGGCCAAUCUUCCUCCUUCUCCUCCCCUUCCACCUGUUAACAACAACCAAAGGCAGCAGCAGCAUAAUGCACCAGCAGAGGUCAAUGGAAUAGAAGAUGAAGAGGAGGAAGUUGGGGCAGAGCAAGAAAUUGAAGUGAAAGUAGCAGAAAAGGAUGUCGUUACACGUCCAAGUUGUCCCAAUGGUUCAUCUCAACAUCCUGAGGAUGAUGAGGAGCAAGCAGGUCCCAGUGGUUUGGUUCAGCAGUGUGGACCUACUGGUGUUGCCAUUCCAAAGCCUGCACUGGUCCACUCUGAUUCGGAGAGUGAGGAAGAGGAAGGUCUUACUUCAAGACAUUGUCCAGCUUCCUGUUCACAGCAACCCGUUUCUUUUACAGAAGGUAAAGGGAAGACUCCUCUGCGAAAGAGCACCAAUGUGCCUUCAUCAGCGACAGUCUCAUUGAAUUGUGAUCGGAAGCCUCCUGCAUCAGAGGGCAGCUGUGAAAAGAGUUGUCAGGUGACCAGUGAACAGAUCAAGGCAGACAUGAAGGCUGCGUCUGAGAACAGCCGGAAGACUAGCAGUAAAGGAGUCAACACGGUGGGAGCAGAGACCUCAGCAAGGCCAGCAUCAAACAGUAACAACACUGUGCAGGGUUCUGGUGUCAGUGGGACAGCACAGAGGCCGAUGAAUGAAUGUGUGGGCCGGGUUGGACCUGGACAUGAGGAUGUGGGUACUGGGAGUACACACAGAGGAAUCACAUCCAAUGACAGCACCACAGGAAGGGGUAGGACUAAUGAAGGCAAAGAAAGCCACCUUGCAACACGGACAGAUGACAGUAGCACAAGGGAAGCUGAUUUAAGGCAGACCUCUGGUAAUGCUGGUGUGGAACAUCCAAGCAUCAAUUCCGCUUCAAAUCAGACUUCACAUCAACUGUCUGGUCAGGGCGACAGAAGACCGCUGCCUGUUGCUCAUCGUUCAAGUUCUAAGCGAGGUCUGGACAAAAAUGAGGAUGCCGUUCCCAGACGACCUUUGACCCGAUCUUGCACUCGCAUGUCCUCUGUGUCCCUGGUACCUGAGACAGUUGAUCUUCCAAAAGCCAGGCCUCGUUUAACGUCGAGGAGGAAAAGAAUGGCUGACAAAUCAACCAGUACUUCAGACCCAGUAACAGAAGAUGACCAUGUACAGGUUUUGUCGCUGAAAAGUAAGAACCUGGUGGGCAUCACUCUGACCAACUGUGGAAUCACCGACCUGAUCCUGAAAGACUGUCCAAAGAUGAUGUUCAUUCAUGCUACCAGAUGUCGGGUGUUAAAGCAGCUGCGAGUGGAAACUGCGCCCAUUGUAAAUAGGUUUGACUAUGCACAAUGUAAGAAGCUGAACAUGGAACAGGUCCUGGAUCAGAUACUGAGAAUCCCUCCUGAGCGCAACCGCAUCAUCUAUAUGCGUCCUAUGCACCAGAUUGACUCUGUAGCGUUGGAACGUCAGCUCUUCCAGGGUCCCUAUCCCUAUCACAUCGCCAUCGUGCACGAAUUCAGCAACCCUCCAAAUAUACGCAACAAGGUCCGCAUUCGAAGCUGGAUGGACACCAUAGCCAACAUCAGCCAGGAGUUGAUCAAGUAUGAGUUCUUCCCAGAGUCCACCAGGACAGAAGAGGAUGUGAAGAAGUAUCCUAAAUACCCAUGGGGUCGAGACAUUUAUACACUAGAAGGAUUGUUAGAUGGCGCCCCCUACAGCAUGAUAACAGACUUCCCUUGGCUCAGAACUCUGAGAGCAGCAGAGCCCAACAGCUACGCCCGGUACGACUUUGAGGACGACGAAAGCACCACCAUUUAUGCUCCGCGCCGCAAAGGUCAGCUGUCAGCCGACAUCUGCAUGGAGACCAUUGGCGAAGAGAUUUCUGAGCGCCGUCAGGGCAAAAGAGGAGUGUUCCAGAGAGUGGUGGUGGUCUUCCUGCAUCACUGUGACACACCUGGAGAACCUGUGGAUGACGACUACAUUUGAGGUACUAAGUCUCUUUUCAGUGGACUAUUUUUUGGACUCAGUAGCUUUGGAUUGGUUGCACAAGAACAGAUUGUAUUUUUUUUUAACUUCUAUUUUCAAACAGUUCAAGUCUCAACACUUAACAUAUGUUUACAUACAUGUAUUAUAAUCAUGGCUUCCAUAUGUUGAAAUAUACUACAUGUGUGUAUUUUUUACAGCCAGUAAAUACACAUGGGAAUAUCCUAACUUGACAUUUUUUUGGUUUGGCUUGAGUGCCAGAGGAGUAUUUGAAUGAAGGUUUGUAUCACAUCAUAUAUCGAUACAGUCAGCAUUCAUUCAGAUACUUGCUUUUUGGUGCCUGUAAGACUUGUUUGUUGUCAGUGUGCAAGUUGUUUUUAGCGAGGAUGAACAAGUAAAACAUUUGUCGUUGAACGGCUUAGGUGUAAAAGAAAAAGCGCUCCAAACCUUUUGUUAAUCAACAGUUGUACAGAUGUUCUGAUUCCAUGCUGUUUAUAUGUUUAUAAGAAGACUAUUUCACAUUAUGGAAAAUAAAACUC